AUGUGUUUUACAAGUUCAGAUCGUUCUGACGAUCCGCCCCCACGGCCCGUACAGCUACCACAGCAGCAACAGCAGCGUCAAUCCGCCAGUAUACCAAAUACCUCGAAAGCAAGCAUACCAAACGACUUCGUUCCACCCUCUGGUCCGCCGCCAUCACACCGAACCCAGAAACAAGCCCAAGAGACCAAUUACGCACCGCCCCCUGGUCCUCCUCCCCAACCUCAAGACUUCGCUCCACCUCAGGGACCGCCGCCUUCACGAAGGGCUGUCGAGGAAUACGCACCUCCUUCCGGCCCGCCUCCUUCUCACGACUAUGCACCGCCCGCGGGGCCUCUACCAUCUAAGAACAACCCCUUCUAUGAAGACGCCGCGCCCCCACCCGGUCCCCCUCCCUCCCAUAUUAACGCCUAUGGAGGCCCGGAGUCGUCUGAUUAUGCUCCUCCGCCAGGACCACCACCAUCACAGGACUACGCUCCCCCACCCGGCCCUCCACCUCCGCAAGAGAAAGAAAAAGAUAUAAAGAAGCACGACUGGGAAACCGCAGUCCCAGACACGUCGCUGCUCCCGCCACCGCCCAACUUCUUCAGCGGUUUUGACCGAUCGCCCGCCAAUAAUGCAACGGAAAAGGAGGCUGAUAUGGGGGAUGAAUGGUGCGAGCAAUUCCCACUAGAUAAUCCGCGUCGCUUCGCGCCGCCCGAGGUAGCCGCCAUGAGCACGGGCAACAUCAACAUGUUCGCGCCCCCAUUCUAUCAGGGUAAACUUCACCGAGAGAGCGUCGGUGUCUGGCGCGGGAGGUCGCCAUCUGAUGCCCCCGAUACCUGCCUGGCCACGUACCCACCGCUGUACAGCGUGACCCAACACAGUCCCUUCGCCACACGCCAACGCAAGACCAUCUACUACGAGGUGCGCAUCCUUGAGACGCACAUUUCACGCCAAACCAGGAUGGAAGAGGUCUCGUUGGCCCUGGGAUUCACAGCGCCACCGUACCCACCCUUCCGGCUUCCCGGUUGGCACCGCGGCAGUCUGGCCGUGCACGGCGACGACGGACACAAGUACAUCAACGACAAAUGGGGUGGAAAGACCUUCACGCAACCGUUCAAACGCGACGACACGUUGGGAUUGGGCAUGACCUUUACCCCUGUGUUCGAAAACUCAUAUGAUAACUCCACCCCCGCGCCGGUUGGUCGGAUUCUCGUCGAGAUCUUCCUCACGCGCGACGGCGUCGAGGUCGGACGGUGGGAUUUGUACGAGGAGUCUGAUCGCAUUGCCGAUAUGCCUAUCACGGGUUUGGAAGGCUUCCACGACCUGUGCGCCUCUGUGGGAGUCUUCGAUCAGGUCGGCUUCGAGAUUGUUUUCGCCCCUGAGAGAUGGCGGUGGCAGGGCUGGAGGCCGUCCAUGUGA